AUGUGGUUUGAUAGAAUGACCAUUCCAAUUAAAUUGCUUAAUGAUUUAUAAAGUUUAGAAGGGACAGUAUAGAACUAAAUUUAAAAAUCAAAAUCCAAAAGUUAAAUAUUGAGAAAGUCAAUGUUGAUGAAAAAACUUACAGAUGGGAAAUAAAUUGUAAUAUUUAUUAUUUAUUAAAUAAUAGAAGAUGCAACAUAUACUGAAAAAUUAAAUGAAGGAAUUAGAAAGCUUGCUUAAAAUUUAGAAACUUGGAAAAUAUAAUCAAAUAAAAAUGAACAAAAAAAUAACUAAUGAAACAGUUGACACAUUAAAAUAUAUAAAAAAUAAUAGUCCUUUUCUCUCAUCAUUAAAGUUAGUAUCCUUAGAAAAUCGAACUUUUUUAGUCUAUUUAAAAACAGUAUGA